CUUUGCAAUGGGUGACGCAUUUAUCAUAGCAAUAGACUUUGGGACAGCAUUUAGUGGAUAUGCCUUUAAUAUCAGACCCAUAGAGGAAGAAAGUGAACCUCGAUUGAAUCAAUGGGGAAAAGAGUAUGGCUUUGACACCCCAAAGACUCCAACCUCCAUUUUGUUUAAUGAAGAUAAAGAGUUUCUUAGUUUUGGUUUUGAAGCCCAAAUGAAAUACAAGGACAUGAGUGGAGAAGAAGCAAAAAAACAUUAUUUGUUUGAAGACUUCAAGAUGGAUCUCUACAGCAAAAAACUCAGCAGCGAUCUUAAGAUUAAAGAUGCCAGCGGGAAAUCAAUGGAGGCACUAAAGGUUUUCUCAGAGUCCCUGAGAUUCCUGAAGGAUGACGCUCUGACUACCAUCAUAGCCAACACAGGGGGGAGGAAGUUCAUUCCCUCUGACUUCACCUGGGUCCUGACAGUUCCUGCCAUCUGGGAUGAGUCAGCUAAACAGUUUAUGAGAAAAGUUGCAAAACAGGCAGGUAUUGUAACAGAAGGAGGGGAUGAGAAACUGAUUAUUGCUCUUGAGCCAGAAGCAGCUUCAAUCUGGUGUAAGAAGCUUCCACCAGACGGUUUCAUCUCUGAGAACCACAGCAAAGAGUCACUGGAUCAGUCUCCAGGGACUCAGUACAUUGUUGUUGACUGUGGAGGAGGAACUAUUGACAUCACUGUCCAUGAAGUCCAGGAUGGAGGAGCCCUGAAGGAGCUGCACAAGGUCUCUGGAAACAAUCUAGGAGGACAAACUGUGGACAGAAAAUUUAAAAAAUUUUUAAGAGAAAUACUCCCUGAUGGAGUUUGGGAUGAAUUUGAACAAAACUCUCCCAGUUCAGCUCAGAGAAUCAUGUAUGAUUUUACCCGUCUCAAACAAUCAGAUACAGAUAUUCAGAUCAGCUGCCCAUUUAAACUUGUGUCAUUGGCUAAAGAAAAGUCAGGAACAGAAAACUUCAUCAAGUCAGACCCCGACGCUUCCUGGGAUGGUGACUACAUCAAAAUCUCUCAAGACAAACUGAGGUCUUUCUUUAAAGAAAGUCUGGAGGGCAUCACCCAUAACCUGAGGGAAAUCUUCAACUCUGGUCUCAAUGUUAAUUACAUUCUGUUAGUGGGGGGGUACGCUCAGAGUAAAAUACUGCAGCAGCACAUUAUUGAUCAGUUUGGACAUGAGUGUAAGGUUCUGUGUCCUUUCAGGGCCCAGGAAGCAAUUGUGAGGGGAGCUGUAGAGUUUGGUAGAAACCCACAGGUUGUUAUUUCUCGUAAAAGUUCCUAUACUUAUGGAUUUGCUGUUUGUGAGAAGUUUGAUGAGAGGAAACACAAGCAAGAAAAGAAAUUUACAGCAGGAGGCGUGGAAUGGAGUGACGAUAUUUUCCGUAAACUAGUGGAAGAAGGUGAGGAUGUUGGAUCAGAGGAAACCAGAAAGUUCCUAUGUGGUCCAAUUACAGCAGAUCAGAGGAAAAUAAUGUUUAUAUUCUACCGCUCAUUUAGCAAGGAUCUAGUUUAUGUAGAUGACUGGGGGGUGGAUGAGGUUGGUUCAUUCAUUGUAGACAUCACUGGAGGGCAUAAAGUCAACCUAGAAAUUCAGUUUGGCUCAACAGAGAUAACAGCUACAGGAAUCAACCUGAUUAGUGGAGAGAAGCAAACAGUCAAAAUAGAAUUCAUGACAAAAGACAGAGAAUGUAUCAUUUAUGAGGCAGAGGAUGAGCUCAGUACUGCAGUAAAAGAAUGUAUAAUUGAUGGGACUGACGAAACAAUUUGAAUAACAUGCCACUUUUCCAUGAUCUUCCAA